CGGCUAUACGUCACGUGCCCUGCGUGCCCGCGGCCUUCCGGAGACUUCGCCCCCUGGCUGUCCGCGGCGGUGGAACCUGUGACGCGCCACACGCUGUCUUUCCUAUCAUCGUGGCGGCGGGACGACAAGACACCCUGUCCCGGAGCCUGUACCAGAUAAACCAGUCCUGAACAUCACACCUAUUAGAAGCUGUUGACACGCCCAACUGCAAAUGAAACGGAUCGGAAGUUAGAGUGCCUAACUAUCUACAGGAAGAUCGCAGUUGGCAGACAUGUACGCGGUCGCAGCGCUAUUCCUGGCAACAUUUGACUUUGCGGCGGCCAUCGACUGCUUCAAGUGCGUGUCGCUGAACGGCAACUACCCGGCCUGCGACGACCCCUUCCACAACAACUACACGGCCGGCAUCUACGAGGCGCCCUGCAUGGGCGGCCGCAAGGGGCGCAACGGACUGUUCCCCGCCACCGCCUGCAUCAAGCUCACCGGCGUCUACGACGACACCGGGGACCACAUCAUGGUACGCGGCUGCGCGCUGGACAGCGGCACCCUCACCACCGACACAGAGAUCAUCCGCAUGUCGCACUGCGGCGGCUUCUACUUCGAUGACAGGUACGUGCGGGGCUGCCUGCAGAGCUGUGACGACGCCGACGCGUGCAACGGGACGCCGCGGCGAGUGACGGGCGUGUAUUCCGCCGUCCUCGCGGGCACGCUGUACCUGCACGGUGCGCGCCUCACGGCCAGAUAAUGACAGCGCCGCGGCGCCGGCUGGCUGAGGCCCCGCCCCCACGACCGUCCGCCCGCAGCGCGCGCUGCCAUCUGCCGGCGGGAAGUCCACUUACCAGCCGCCCGCGCGUGACGCGUGCUGCCAUCUGCCGGCAAGAAGUCCACUUACCAGCCGCCCGCGUGCAACGCGUGCUGCCACCCGACGGCAAAAAGUUCAACCAUCAGCCGCCCGAGCGCGACGCGUGCUGCCACCCGACGGCGAAAAGUUCAACCAUCAGCCGCCUGCACACGAAGCGUGCUGCCACCCGACGGCGAGAAGUCCAACCACCAGUCACGAGCUCGGGCCGCGUGCUGCUACCUAUUUUUAUAAAAGUUACUUCACCAGUCAUUGUGCGCGGCGAAUGCAGGUACUAUGCGAGUUAAAUAUAUUACUACGCCGCAACGCCGCGUAUGCGUAGUGUAGAGAGUCGAGUCUACACUGUAACCACUCAAAAGCUGCCAUAUUGAAUACACCGACUGCAUCAGUUUCUACGCGUGCUGCCAUCUCUCGGCGAAAGGUUUCCUGCCUUCUGUAAACAAAAAAAAAAAAGUCGUGUGCUGCUAUCUACUGAUGAAACUAUUAAACACUGCAAAAAAAAAAAUUGCGUAUAGGCUGCUUAUGUAGGUACGAGCGUUAGAAUUUAUAUUUAUUUGGCGUAGUAAUUAGUGCAAAUAAUUAAUAGAACAAUAAUAAAAGGAAGAGUGUUAUUAUAGAUACGGUUGGUACAGUUUAAAUUCCAAACACAUUAAAAAAAAACCUCAGU